AUGGAUAAACCACUGAAUGUCAAAAAAUACUUGAGGAGCGAGACCGCCUUUCUAGAAGAGUUGGUGUUUGGAAGUGGAGAUACCAUUGAACUUUCCUGUAACACCCAAGGCUCUUCUGUGUCUGUUUUCUGGUUUAAAGAUGGUAUUGGGAUUGCACCUACCAACAGAACGCAUAUUGGACAAAAACUGUUGAAGAUAAUCAAUGUAUCCUAUGAUGACUCAGGACUGUACAGUUGCAAGCCAAGGCAUUCCAACGAGGUCCUGGGAAACUUUACAGUCAGAGUUACAGAUUCCCCUUCAUCGGGUGAUGAUGAAGAUGAUGACGAUGAGUCAGAAGAUACAGGUGUCCCCUUCUGGACCCGGCCAGAUAAGAUGGAGAAGAAGCUGCUGGCAGUUCCUGCCGCCAACACAGUUCGCUUCCGAUGUCCGGCAGGUGGAAACCCAACUCCUUCCAUCUACUGGCUGAAAAAUGGCAAGGAGUUCAAGGGAGAGCACAGGAUUGGGGGCAUCAAGCUGCGACACCAGCAGUGGAGCUUGGUGAUGGAGAGUGUUGUGCCGUCGGACCGAGGGAAUUACACCUGUGUUGUGGAGAACAAAUAUGGCAAUAUCAGGCACACGUACCAGCUUGAUGUAUUAGAAAGGUCACCCCACCGACCAAUCCUACAAGCAGGGCUCCCUGCCAACCAGACCGUGGUGGUAGGGAGCAAUGUGGAGUUUCACUGCAAGGUCUACAGUGAUGCCCAGCCUCACAUCCAGUGGCUGAAACAUGUGGAAGUCAACGGCAGCAAAUAUGGACCCGAUGGAACGCCCUAUGUCACAGUGCUGAAGACGGCAGGUGUUAACACAACGGAUAAGGAGCUAGAGAUUCUGUACUUGCGAAAUGUUACUUUUGAGGAUGCUGGGGAAUAUACUUGUCUCGCAGGGAAUUCUAUUGGGUUCUCACAUCACUCUGCUUGGCUGACGGUGCUACCAGCAGAGGAGCUCAUGGAAAUGGAUGAUUCAGGCUCAGUGUACGCUGGCAUUCUCAGUUACGGCUCUGGCUUUGUUCUCUUCAUCCUUGUGCUGGUCACUGUGAUUAUCUACAGGAUGAAAAUGCCAAACAAAAAAGCCAUGAACACCCCCACUGUACAGAAAGUCUCCAAAUUUCCACUCAAGAGACAGCAGGUGUCGUUGGAGUCCAACUCUUCCAUGAAUUCCAACACGCCCCUGGUCCGGAUCACACGUCUCUCCUCCAGCGACGGGCCGAUGCUGGCCAACGUUUCUGAGCUGGAACUGCCUCCUGAUCCUAAGUGGGAAUUGGCACGUUCUCGCCUGACCUUGGGGAAGCCGCUCGGUGAAGGGUGUUUUGGCCAAGUGGUGAUGGCAGAAGCAAUUGGAAUUGAUAAGGACAAGCCAAACAAGGCCAUCACAGUUGCUGUCAAGAUGUUAAAAGAUGAUGCCACAGACAAGGACCUUUCCGACCUGGUCUCUGAGAUGGAAAUGAUGAAAAUGAUUGGGAAGCACAAAAACAUUAUUAACCUCCUUGGUGCCUGUACACAGGACGGACCACUCUACGUGUUGGUGGAAUACGCCUCGAAGGGGAACUUGCGGGAAUACCUCAGGGCACGUCGCCCACCUGGCAUGGACUAUUCCUUCGACACCUGCAAGCUGCCCGAGGAGCAGCUGACAUUUAAAGACUUGGUUUCCUGUGCCUACCAGGUGGCCCGGGGCAUGGAGUACUUGGCAUCUCAGAAAUGCAUUCAUCGCGACUUGGCAGCCAGGAACGUGUUAGUCACUGAAGACAAUGUGAUGAAAAUAGCUGAUUUUGGCCUCGCUAGGGAUGUUCACAACAUCGACUAUUACAAGAAAACCACCAAUGGUCGGCUGCCUGUGAAAUGGAUGGCUCCAGAAGCCUUGUUUGACCGGGUCUAUACUCACCAGAGCGAUGUCUGGUCUUUUGGAGUGCUACUAUGGGAGAUCUUCACUUUGGGAGGGUCUCCAUACCCUGGAAUUCCUGUUGAGGAGCUCUUCAAACUCUUGAAGGAAGGCCAUCGGAUGGACAAACCUGCAAACUGUACCCACGAUUUGUACAUGAUCAUGCGGGAGUGCUGGCACGCUGUCCCCUCACAGCGACCCACUUUCAAGCAGCUGGUGGAAGACCUGGACAGGGUCCUCACUGUGACGUCCACCGAUGAGUACCUGGACCUCUCGGUGCCCUUCGAGCAGUACUCACCAGCUGGCCAGGACACCCACAGCACCUGCUCCUCAGGAGAUGACUCAGUCUUUGCACAUGACCUGCUGCCCGAUGAGCCCUGCCUGCCCAAGCACCCCCCCUGCAAUGGUGUCAUCCGGACGUGA